AUGUCCAACAACAACAACAACACUUCAGACUUUGAAGCGAACUUUGAGCAAGCCUUUGAACCCGAGGAUAACAAGUCCCAAACAACCCAGACUGUUGUUUAUCCUAAAAUUCAACAAGAGGAUGAUCAAACAUUUUACCACACAUCAUCACCACAUUCUCAUCAACAAUUAAUUGCUGGCAGUGAUGAAGGAUAUGAUUCCAUGCAACCACAACAACAAGUUUAUUAUUCCGUUGUUGAUACAACGAGCAAUAAUGACAGUUAUAGUCAUUCCAGCUCUGGACAAUCAACUCCAGCCUUCGGUAACAAUUCAUCGUUUCAUUCCACGAGCACUAACAAUCAUAAUAAUGGCCAGACUCAGAGAAAAGUGGCCUAUGUACCAUCACUCAUUCCGGAGGAUAUUGUUCAUCAAUACGGAAUCAACGCUCUCACUCUAGAUCAAAUUCAUCGUUCUGUUUUUGUCAGUAUCAACACUCCUGUUCAGGAACUGUCUGUUCAGGAAAUAUCAAACUUCUUUUCGUUUUGUGGUAGUGUCGAGAAGAUUAUUAUUGUUGAUGAUUUGAAUGGUGCUGUUGUUUGUUUAGAAAACAGUGAAAGUUUUAGCACAAGUCUGUUAUUGAAUGAAAUGAAAUUGAACGAACAGACCACAUUGUAUAUAUUUAAUUUGUGUGAUUUACUUGGUAUUCCAAGAAAGAAAGCUCAAUCGCUUGUUCAAAAUUCGGCUGUACCAGCAACAACGUCAAGCAGAGUUUCAGUAGACAGAGAAAGAGAAACUCCAUCUUCUCAGUCAGCAAUUCAAGGUUUGUUCCAAGAAGGAUAUAUUCAAUCAAAGAAUUUAUUUGAACAAUUGAAAGCCAAAGCUCAACAAUUAGAUCAAGAGAAUGAUAUCUCAAAGAAAGUUCAACAAUCUUUGAAUCAUAGUAAGGAACAGUGGAUAAAAUUUGCCAAACAUAUGAACGAAAAUGUGGAGAAUGUCAAGUUGAAAUUUGUUCCAAUCCGUGAAUCCUUUAACCUGCAAACAGUUUCACAAAAGGCAGAACAAAUUGGAGGCCAAACACAGCAAUAUCUUUCAUUUAUGAGAGACAAAGUUAAAGAAAUUGGCAAGGAUUUGAACGAAAAAAUCAAACAACAAGAUCAAAAGACUCAAUUCUCAGCAAAGAUCAAAGAGAUGAAAAUUGAGGAAAAUUUGCAACAAUUUUCAAACAAGGCAUCCGAAGUUGUGUCAAAGAACUGGUCAGCCAUGACAUCAUUCUUUAAGGGUAUGACACAAAAAGGAAGCGUAUCACCAAACACCUCUUCAAGUCUACCAACAACAAGUUCUGAGAUUGACAGAACCAAGCUUCCUCCUCUUCCAACAAAAUCGGAAAAGAAAAUUUCAUCCAUCGACGAAGAUGAUUCUUUGUGGAGCAACAGCGAUCAAUCAACACAACAAAACAACAUGAAUCCAACAACACAUCAGUUCUCACUUGACAAUGAAGAGGAAGACUUUCCUGUCGAAUAUCAAAAUACCUCGAAUAAGAGCUCAUCCCCCAAUGUACAGCAAGCUCAGGACAGUGCUGAUAGUUUCUUCGAUUAA